UAUCGUAUAUGUAGAAAGUAACAUGAGUUACAUACAAGAAUAUAGUUAAUCUGGGCCUUCAUGAAGAUACCAAGAAGUUUCAAUAGAACGUGGAAUUAGACAGGGUGAUACUGUAUCCCCUAAAUUGUUUACAGCAGUUCUUGAAUAUAUGUUCAAGCAAAUGAAAAGAAAGCAUCAUAUGAGAAUUAAUAUAAAUGGGGAAGAUCUCAACCACCUAAGACUUGCCGAUGGCGUCGUUUUAAUAUCUGAUAGAUUUGAUAAAGCUACAAAAAUGCUGCACACGCUCUAUAAAGUGUCAAAAACAAUUGGUCUUAAAAUUAACACCUCAAAGACAAAAUUUAUGACCAACCUUGAAGUCAGCGGUAAAAUUCUGAUUGAGAGCCAUAGCAUCGACCAAAUAAUAGCUUACAAAUAUCUAGGCCAUGAGAUUCGCUCAGGCCGAGAUAAUCAUACAACUAAAAUACAAAGAAGGAUAGGUCUCACAUGGGCUGCCUUUGGUAGAUUGAAUAGCAUUUUCAAGUCUAGUAUCCCCGUUUUUCUAAAAAGAAAGGUUUUUAACCAGGACGUUUUACCGGUUCUUACAUAUGGUGCAGAAACACUGACUCUGAUAAAAACAACAAUAGAUAAAAUAAGGCUUACACAACGCGCUAUGGAAAGAUCAAUAAUAGGUAUUACUAUCAGAGAUAAAGUACCAAACAUAGAAAUAAGAAGAAGAACAGGAAUCACAGAUGCAGAUGAAAAAAUAGCCAUGGCUAAAUGGGCUUGUUGCCAGAGUAACGGAUGA